AGGAGUUUUCAUUUUGCUCUAGGAGGAUGCAGAACACCUGGCUUCUGUCUGGACAGUGCUGAUUGGCCCUGUGCUUAUCACAUGCACUCUCCCAAGAAAAAAAAACUCUCUAGCAAUGCACACCAAACUGAGCAUGUGCAGAGUGACUCCACAUGAUACGUCUUAUCAGGAGAAGGGGAGGAUCAGAGAAGUCAGGAUCAAACAGCCUUUUUACACAAUGCAGAGGAUUAACCCCUUAGGUUUAACAGUGAGUAUAACAAGCACGCUUUACUGCAUAUAUGGACUGAUUUUACUGUUGUGGGUUUAGUAACACUUU